UCACUCAUAGCAGUAAUGUACCGGCUGCCUGGACUCUUCUCCUCCUCCUCCUCCUCGUCUCCUAACCGGAUUGUCCAGCAGGGACUCUGUAGGAGCCUCUGGGGGGAGUGACAGUGCAGAGGACCGGCUGUACCCCAGGUGGAGAAUCCACAUUGAAAACUGGAUGUGAAGGGGACCCGCCAAGGUCAUGAUCAACUGGCCCAAUGUGACGGCGUCCGGCAACCAGGAGCUGGGCCUGAAACCCGAGGAGCUGCAGAAGUCCAAAUGUGUCCUGGGUUUCAUUCCCGUCAUCUACUACAGCAUUCUGCUCUGCAUCGGAGUACCAGUAAACAUCCUCACAGCAGUGGCCUUGUGCAGACUGGCGUCCCGCACUAAGAAGGCUCUGUACUACUACCUCUUGGCAGUGACAGCCUCAGAUAUUCUCUCCCAGCUCUUCAUCAUCUUCGUCGGCUUCCUGCUGGAGACGGCAGUUUUUCACCGGGAUGUCCCCGCACUCCUGCUGCACUCUGUCAGCGUCGCCGAGUUUGCAGCCAACCACGCUUCCAUAUGGUCCACCGUACCGCUCACUGUGGACCGCUACGUGGCGCUGUGCCACCCCCUCCUCCACCGGCAGAUCAGCUACCCGGCACGAGCCAGGAAGAUCAUCGCGGUGGUCCUGGCAGUAUCGAUCGCAUCGGGCGUGCCUUUCUUCUGGUGGUCAGACAUGUGGAGGGACAGCCAUUCGCCCACAGCGCUGGACGGCGUCCUCAUAUGGACACAUGUGACUAUCAUCUACUUCCUGCCGUGCAGCAUCUUCUUAGUGCUGAACUCUCUGAUAAUCCACACACUGAGGGUGAGGCAGAGAGAGCAGCGCUGUCAGGAGGAGCAGGGGACCAAGUCGGUGCCACUGCAAAGACUCGGGAAAACCACGGCCAUGCUGCUGGCCAUCACCUCAGUGUUCUCGGUCCUGUGGGCGCCCAGAACCAUCGUGGUCAUCUACCACCUGUAUGUGUCCACUGUUCAUCGAGACUGGCGCAUCCACCUGGCCUAUGACCUCUCCAACAUGCUGGCCAUGCUCAACACCGCAGUCAACUUCUUCCUCUACUGCUUUGUCAGUAAGCCUUUCCGCAGCGCCGUGCGGGAUGUCGUACUGCUCAGGGGGUCGCCGCUCUACUCUCGCCGCACUCUGCCCCAGCAGCAGGUCCCCACCAACGCCUCCAUUUCCUCUCUGUACAGUGGGAACAGCAAGCGCUUUCAGCGGGACUUCACCCCCUUGUCACCUCAUGGGGCCAGAAAGCCCUCAUGACCCCGUGACUUGUCCCCUUAAUCCAAAACACCCAUCAUCCCACGGUCCCGGCGCACUCCUCACCCCAGGGACGCGUACUGUGUUCCAGCUACGACAGUGGGCAGUGACCAGUCGGCCCUGGGGCGCUCUCAGAGGGCCUGAUAGCGGCUUAGCAUGAUUUUUGUCUUACAGUGUUUGACCUCGUGUUGUUUGUCCAUGUAAAUCAGAUAACGUGACAGCCUAUUUAUUUUUAUUGAGAAGAAUCUGAGGAAAUAAAAGUAGAUUUUUUUCCAUACAUGGUAGCAAUGUGACUGAUUUGUUUAUAUUUUUAUUAAAAAAAAAACAGAAGGACAAAAUCACUUUUUGAGCAAUUAUGUAAGCCCAGAUGUAGAUUCAUGUUAAUAUUAAAGAAUUUUUGCAUAUUAAGUGCAAUCAGUGAUCGCUGCUGUUCCUUCGGUCAUGCAAAGUGGUGUGACAUUCACUCUGGAUGCAGCAAAGAUGUCAGAAUAAGAGUGAUAAUGUGGAAUAAACUGUUUUUGCUGUAGUUGUAUAAAGAUACUGUGUGAAUCAAUAGGCAGUGUGACAGUACUCUGUCUCUGCACUGUUCUCCGAAGCAUUAAAAACCAUCCAACUUGA